AUGGCUUUUCGAAGGAGUUCGGAUAAACUGUUUACGCCUCAAAACAGCAAAUUCUUAGGACUAAUACAGGCGCUUGCAAAAUUUGAUCCUGUGAUGCAAAAGCAUUUAGCACUUGCAAUAAAAGGUGACACUUCAGACCAUUAUUGCGGGAAAAAUAUUCAAAAUGAGUUAAUAGAUUUAAUGUCUCAAAAGGUUAAUGAUGAAAUAAUAAACCGAGUCUUGAAAGCCGUUUACUAUUCAAUCAUUGCUGAUUGUACACCUGAUAUUUCUAGAAAAGAACAACUUUCUCUUACUAUUCGAAUUGUUGACUUGUCGUUAGACAUUAGAGUGGAAAUUAAAGAGUACUUUUUAGGAUUCUUUUCUGUUUCUGAUUCUACAGGCUUAGGACUUACUGAGGUUUUAAUCGAGUUGCUAACUAAGCAUGGACUUGAAAUCUCUAACUGCAGAGGUCAAGGGUAUGAUAAUGGAUCAAAUAUUAAAGGAAAGAUUAAUGGUGUACAAAAAAGGAUUUUAAAUCUUAAUCCUUUAGCAUUAUAUGUUCCUUGCGGCAACCAUAGCUUAAAUUUGGUAAUAAGUGACUCUGCACGGUCUUCAGUAAAAUUUAUAGCUUUUUUCGUUGGUGAUGUACAUGACGCUUUGAUAGCAUUGUCAGAAAUUGAAGGAUGUAAUCCUGAAACUGCACAUGAAGCGAUAACUCUAGGAGAGCAAUUAAAAGAUUUAAGCUUUCUUGUCUCUUUAAUUGUCUGGUAUGACGUUCUUUUUCAAGUCAAUAUUGUUAGUAAAACUCUUCAAGAAAAAGGCAUCACUCAAUGUGCAAAGUUAUUGAAAAGCUGUUGUUCAUUUUUAGAAAACUAUAGAAAAUGUGGUUUUAAAGAUGCAAUUAUAAAAGCAAAGGAUUUGGCUAUAGAAUUACAAGUGGAGCCUGUUUUUAAACCACUUAAAAGAAUAAUACGAGUAAAACGCCAUUUUGACGAACCAGCCCAUGAUGGGAUUUAUUUAUUUUCUCCUGAAAAAAAAUUAGAAAUCGAUUUCUUCAAUCCUCUUUUAGACACAUCUUUAAUUUCAAUGAGAGAAAGAUUUAUACAGUUGGAGAAUUAUUCCGAAGUUUGGGGUUUUUUGUAUAAUGUCGAUAGUUUGCAAAAAAGAGAAGAAAUUCUAAAAUCAUGUUUAGCUCUUCAAAGUAAACUUACCGUAAAUCUAAAAUCGGACAUUAAUGGUAUUCUCCUUUGCGAUGAACUGAUGAGCAUUAAACCUUUUCUUUCUGAAAUGGUCAAGGAUAAAAUUACUCCUAUUAUUGUUUUAAAUUUUAUAAAACAGCACAAAAUGCAAGAUUUGUAUCCAAACACAUGGAUUGCAAUGCGAAUUUUGCUAACAAUACCUGUCACUGUAGCGAGUGGAGAAAGAAGUUUUUCCAAAGUGAAACUAAUAAAAACCUAUCUGCGGUCAACAAUGUCGCAGGAUAGACUUUCAAUUUUAGGAACCCUAUCGAUGGAAAAGAAUAUUGCUGAAAAUCUUGAUUUUUCAACCCUAAUCAAAGAUUUUGGUGAUAAGAAGGCUCGUAAGAUUAAUUUAAAAAUUUAA